AAGAGACACAAAAAAAAGAAAAAAAGAAUAAGAUACCAAAAAAAAAAGAACUAGAAUUUAUUUAGAAUCGCAUAUUAAUAUUGAUAUAUUGUAAUUUAGUUUCAGCAAAUCAAUACUUCAUACACAUUAUUUAUUUAGCAAGUAGCCGUAUAAUAAGCAGAAUAAUACUGUCAUUAUCCCAAACUUAUUUUUGAUUAUGAUCGACGGACAGCAUAUUAACAUACUGUAGCUAGGUUACACGAAUUGUUAAAUAUACAAUCAACAAAAUGCCUCACGUAAUGCUUGUGACAUCCCCAUGUAUCUCUGGGGUUAAGUUUUGGGUUCCAGAGCUGCUUUUCUCACCGUUAAUUUAUGUGGAAAAAAUAGCAUAUAUUUAUUUUGAGUGUGCGCGCGCAGAUUUGAGCGAUGUAUGGUGAUGAUGCAGAGAGAGAGAGAAAGAGAGAGAGAGAGAGAGAGCACGCGCGCGCUGGAGACAGUACCCGCUCUUCUAUGUGCGCGUGUCUGUCUAUCAGACCUUCACCAGCACAAGACUCAAGACUCUCCACCUGUCAUUUAAAACCAGCCUCCUGUAGGUUUGCCCAAUCAAACCCAAACCAUGGGAAUCGCCCUCUGUGUUUAGCCCGACCCAAAGAGAGAAAUGUAAUCCUCAAAAGCGGAUAAGAUGCUAAAUGACCACUGAGCCUUAUGAAGAAUAAGGAAUUAAGAAGAGGAGAUGAAUGGAGCAGCCGUCCACUCAGCGAGACAGAGCGUGAGUGAAGGUCGAUCUUAUUGUUCUUCCCCCCGUGGCAAACGUUGUGACUAAUAACGAAGUGAGGCAUGAUGAGUGGCCGUAUCUGGGCAGCAUCGCUCUUUCUGUGCAUGUGCUUAGAGCUCGGGGGAAGUAGUGCUCGUCUGAGAAGAUGGAAAAGUCAGGACCGUUUGCAAACCACAAGGAAAGAUAGUCAGGUAGACAUGGAGGAAGGGAAAAGUGAGAUGCCAUUUGCCAACACUGCAGGAACACCAAGCUUGAGAUUUGCUGAUAAAAAUGAGGAUAAUUUGAUGAUUUCACCAAAAAGCAACAAAGAAGAUCAUGCGCAGAUUGAAGAAACCACAGUGACUCCAGUUUUGUUGUCUGGUGCAAGUGUGAACACAGAUUCUACUCCACAUAUUAUGAAUAAUUUUCAUCCCAAAUCCAAAGAUACCCCAGAAAUCAUAAAGACAACAGUAUCACCUCUUAGCCAAAACUCCAAAAUAUCUAGAAUAUCUCAAGAUCAUUUCAUUCCCACUGAACUAACUCCUGCAGUAGAGGUAACUGAAACUGAACAUGGUGAAAAGGGACCUGACAGAUCUACACCGGAUGGCCUAUCAGACUCCAGCGCGAUCCUGCUGAAGCCUCUGACUGGGUUAAAAAACAGCGGACAGGAAGUGCAAACUAUAAUGAUUGGCAGCCAAGAUGCUGAGAGCAGUGGUGAUUUCCACAGGAUCUUUACUGGACCAAAUCUGGAUGAGAUGCCCUCACAAUCCCGCAGCCGGAGAAGCUGGAUAUGGAACCAGUUUUUUGUGAUAGAGGAAUAUAGUGGACCAGAACCGGUGCUGAUUGGACGGCUUCAUUCGAGUGUGGACAGGGGUGAUGGCCGAACGAAAUACAUUUUAAAAGGAGAAGGGGCCGGCUCGGUGUUCGUCAUUGACAGCAGGACGGGGAAUAUCCACGUCACUAAGCCCCUCGACCGCGAGGAGAAGGACCAGUACCGCCUUAUCGCCACGGCAACAGACCGACAGACCGGCCGAGCCCUGGAGCCAUCCUCCCAGUUCAUUAUCCGCGUGCAGGACAUCAACGAUAACCCACCUGUGUUCCAGGACGGCCCGUACAGCGCCACCGUGCCUGAGAUGGCCAACAUCGGCACAUCGGUUAUUCAACUGACAGCCACAGAUGCUGAUGAUCCAACCUAUGGGAGCAGUGCCAAACUGGUGUAUUCAGUGAUUCAAGGCCAGCAGUACUUCACUGUGGACCCGCAGUCAGGUAUAGUGCGCACGGCGGUCCCAGAUAUGGACAGAGAAGCUCAGGCGCAGUACCAGGUGGUGCUCCAGGCAAGAGACAUGGGCGGCCAUCAAGGAGGUCUGACAGGGACCACCACUCUCACUGUGCACCUCAGUGACGUCAAUGACAACCCACCGCGCUUCACUCAAAGUAUGUGGUCGUUUUCCGUGUCUGAGUUGGCCGUUCCCGGGGUGGAGAUCGGUCGUCUCUCGGCAACAGAUGCAGACCUGGGUGAAAACGCACGGAUGGACUUUACGAUCGUGGACGGAGAGGCAGGGGACACAUUCAACAUAACUGGAUUGAACCAAGAGGCAGUGAUUUUGUUAAACAAGGCUGUGGACUAUGAGAGGCGAAGCACCUACUCUCUGGCAGUGGAGGUGCAAAACCCAAACGUCGACUCGCGGUUCCUCAGACGAGGUCCGUUUAAGGACCGGGCUAUGGUGCACAUCACAGUUCUUAAUGCAGACGAGCCGCCUCGGUUCUCCCGCUCUCGGUACCGACUGGAUGUGUCGGAAAACUGUCCUCCGGCAUGCGUGGUGGGGAGAGUGGCCGCCGUCGACCCGGAUACAGGCCUCAGUAACAACAUAAAGUACUCAAUUGAUCCCGAGUCAGACCCCGAGGCACUGUUCCGUAUCGCCUCUGACAAUGGUCUCAUCACCACGGCGAUGGAAUUGGAUCGGGAACAGGAGCAAUGGCAUAACAUUACUGUCAUCGCCACACAGAGAGACAGCCCCAACCAAGUUACCAGAGUAGCGGUUUCCAUAGAGACACUGGACCUCAAUGACAACGCCCCCGAGCUGGAUCGACAAUACAACACCGCCGUGUGUGACUCCAGCGCUGCUGGACAGGUGGUGCAGGUGCUUCGAGCGAUAGAUAAAGACCAAAGCAGCUCCAACUCUCCCAUCCACUUCAGUAUUCCCGCAGAGUCCAGCAGUGCUCUCAACUUCUCCAUCAGAGAGCGAGGAGACCACACGGCGAGUUUGGUGCUUUUGUCGUCUCUGAAGGCUCAUCCUCGCUCUUCCUCUUUACCUGCUCUAAAAAUACCCAUAAUGCUCCGUGACGGUGUGUCAGACCUCAGCAGCACAGGAACGAUUACCGUUACAGUCUGUCCUUGCCAAAACGGAGGCAUGUGGGCAGAGGAACGAAAACAACAAACGGACGAGAAGGAUAAACCAUCUGUGCCGGACUGGGAGAAGCAAGCGGUGUGUUUGCCUUUACCGUCAAACUCCUCCCUGCUGGGAAUCAGCUCGGCCGCCAUGUUGGCGAUCCUGGCCUGUGCAUCAACUCUUCUGGUGGUGGCUGCGCUUUCGCUAUCAUUGCGAAGGCAGAAACGGGACACUCAGUCUCCUGUGGAGGAUGAUGAGAUCAGGGAGAACAUCAUCACGUAUGAUGACGAGGGAGGCGGGGAGGCGGACACGGCCGCUUUCGAUAUUGCGACCCUGAAGAGCGCCCCCCAGAGCAUGCGGAGGGCACAACGGCUUCGAGACAGCAAGAAUAUGUAUUCUCAGGAUAACCUGGACAGCGUCAGAACCUUCAGCUGGAGUCAGAGUUUGGGUUUGGACCCACGCCGUCCCGUCUCUGCACCCCUCUACGGACGGUACUGCUACAGCAUCCAGACCCUUCCAGCUCCCAGAAACAGACUCGGCCCGUUAAACUCCAGGCUGGACCUCGCCAAACUGGCGUACGUUCUCCCCGGCAGCCAAGGCCAGUCCUGCGGUCCUUUAGAAUCCGGUUCCGUGUUUAUUGACAAAAGCAGGGAUGGAUCAGAGCAUAAAGGAGCACACGGAUCCACCGACAGCAUUCCGAAAGAGAGCGAGACAGGAAGUGAGGUCAUCUCUGAGAGCCACACACUCAGCCAGGAUCAGUCUGUUCAUUCAGACCAGGUUCUGUUCGUGAAGGGCUCUAGUCAGAGCGGUUCCUGCUCCGAGGCUUCCAGCUCUUCAGUGGGCCAUAAACCUGAGUCGUCCCCUCACUGCUUGACCACACGAGCCUCCAUUUCCACCAUCACCACGGACGACUCCGCCCCUGCCUCGGCUUUGGACAAGAACGAAGACGUUACGCCCAUCAGCACCAGCCAGAGCACAGCCAGCCUCGUCACGACGGAGAUGCCGUUCAGAACGAUGGAAGGUACUCUGCUGAGGGGCGGCGGAGGGAUACCUUUGCCCGGGACGACGCUUCUCUACCCAGAAGCUGUUGGACUAAUGGGCUUGUACGGGUCAGGCGGGCAGAACUAUGUGCCACACCUAGUGAUGCCCCUCCCAGGAGGGGCGGGGCUGUAUGAAAGGGGGUGGGGCUUGGGGAAUGGGAAGGUUGGACAAGCGAACUCAGAAAAGGCAAGCGGCGAUUCGCUGACUAACAGAAUGGGCGACUUCCUGCAACAUCGGCUAGCCCUGGUGACCUUUGACCCCAUGCAGCCGCCAUACGACUCGCUGCAGACGUACGGAUUGGAGGGGGGCGGCUCUGAGGCGACGUCUCUCAGCUCGCUCGAAAGCGAGGCCGAAAAAGAUACAGAGGGGCAGAAAGACAGAUUUGAGGAAUGGGGACCCAAGUUCGACAGGCUGCUUGAUAUUUUCAGGCAACGAGCGAAUGAAAAAGAGGAUAACAGAAAGCACGAGGGUGAAUUUUUUAACGAAGAACAGGAGGAAAUGAACAAGACAGAAACGAGCAAAGAGGACGAAACAACUGAAUCGAACGAGACACGGCAGGUCGAGGAGGAAAACCUAGAAGAAAUGGAACAAAUGCAAAACAGAAAGAGACUCUAAAGAGGAAAUGGGAACAAAGAGGAAGGAUGUGAUGUCACAUCGUGAACGUUCAAAAGCAAUAAGUGCUGAAAGGAGCCAAUGAGCACAAUCCGGACAAAGAGAAUUUUAUAUGGACCUGCCAAAACUAGUAUGUCAGUGUUUUAGAGGAGCAGACGGUCUUAUGUAAGUCACUCGCUCAGUUUCACACGCGUCCAGGCACACAUGCAGUUGUACAAUACAAGCUCAUCUUUAUAUUGAUAAAUCUUUUAUUUAUUUCCAGGUUUAAAUCUCAGAUUUUCAUUGUGGUUUCAGACUUUUAUACACCGCAUUAACAAGUGUUUUUCUGCUCUCGCAUUGUGAAAAAGACAACAGACACGCUCUUACAGUCUGCUCACUUGAUUUAAUCAAUAUCUGAUUAUGUAUCAAAUUAUUUCUCUGUGUUAUUUUAGUAUGCUAUUAUUUAUAUACUGUUGUAGUAUUUAUUAAUAGUUUGAAUUAGCUUGUAUUUUUAUAAUAUUUUUUUUUAGCUUUUUCAGAUUUUGUCAGUUUGUCAUUUUAGUACUUCAGCUUAAAUCAGCUUAAAUAUAUUUCAGUUAUUUGCCUGAAUAAUUAACCUUUCUAAGUUUUUUAUCUAAUAUUUAUAUUUUAUUUAAUUACAGCUUUAUUUCAAUUUAUUUCAAAGUUUUAGUUAACAAUAGCAACACUGAAUUACACCUGGAAUUUCAUUUCUCUCCCCAACAAGAGCAUAUUAAAGCUUUUCCACUCCUUUUCUUCUUCUGAUAACUAUUAAAAUGCUUUGCUGAGAGGUUAGUAAAGAAUGAAAAUGCAAGAAAUUAUGAAAAACAUUCCUCAAUGUUACUCUCUUAGAAGGAAAGGUUCUAUGUGGAAUCUUAAAGGGUUCCGUCAGGUGCUUCAUACGUAGAACCUUUUAUGGGUCAUUUUGUGGUUUUAUUUUUAAUUAAUUACUUUUGUUUAAAUUUAUUUUUAAUUUUAAUUAAAUGUUAUGAAUUAAACAGCUCGUAAACAUACUAAAUCACUGGAAAAUUUUGAAAUAACCCAUUAAACAUGAAAGUAUGGUGGAAUCAUUUAAGACAUUUAUCCUCAUAUAGAACCUUUUUGGCAUAAAUGGUUCUUUAAAAUUGAGUCAAGAACCCUGUUCUAUAUAAAAGUUCUAAAAGUUGGGUUCUGGAAGUAAAAAUGCCAUUCAUUUUCUCCAUAGGGAAACCUUUAAAGGGUUAGUUCACCCAAAAAUGAAAAUUCUGUCAUUUAUUACUCACCCUCAUGUCGUUCUACACCUGUAAGACCUUCGUUCAUCUUCAGAACACCAAUUAAGAUAUUUUUGAUAAAAUCCAAUGUCUCAUUGAGGUCUGCAUUGACAGCUAGACAAUUAACACUUUCAAUGCCCAGAAGACAUAUUUAAAAGAGUUCAUGUGACCACAGUGGUUCAACCUUAAAGGUGCCGUAGAACGUCUUUUCACAAGAUGUAAUAUAAGUCUAAGGUGU